AUAAGAUAUCAGUAGCUUUACAAGGUUCACUCGCUUGUGAAUGAUAGCGUGUGUCGCACAUACAUACACACACACGGAGAAUCGGAUCGCAGUCCAGCGAUGCACGGAUUGAGUGUGUCAAAAUAAAUACACCCUAUUAGAGUGCAGCCGAACACAAUGGAAGAAUAGAGACGCAUGAGGCGAGAUGUAUCGCCGUUUCGCCGUCGACUCGCUUCCAGCCAACAGCAUCCCGCACCACACGUAUUGGCGACGUAAGCGAGUGCGCUAGAUCGCUCUCUCUUUCUUUCCUCCUCGCUCACUCGCUCCGCCGGUCGAGUCGUCGUCGAAUCAUCUCGCACCGGAGCCCGUUUGCGGGACCGUUUCGGGGUGUGUAGUUUCAUUCUCAUUCGCUCACUGCACGGGAAGGUGAUUGCGUUGCACGCGCGUCUGUUCUGCGUUUACGUAGUGCGUAUACCAACAAAUUCGAUCGGUACGGCCGAGAAGGUAGUAAAGCAACUGUAGCCUGUUCGAAACACGUGCUGAAUGGUGCGCUUUUCUGGUUCGGCCUAUUGUUUGUUUCAGUACACAAAAAUACGGAAGAUAGAUGCGAAUCUUUUUGUAACAUCGUCUCACGUGCGCGGCCAGGAAUAGUGUGUUGGUGGAAUAGUGUUCUUCUUGCAUACGACCAUCCGAUUUACGGCAGAACUUUGCAUUCGUGUGGUUAAAGUUCAAGGCGCAAAGAUACCAAUGGUUAAAUGAUUUGUAGAAGUAUAAACAAAAUUGUGUGUUUGUGUAGUUUUGCCGGCGGUACUUUGCCGCUUUACUCUGGUUUCGGAAGCAGAGAAAUGGUGUUUUAUGUGACAAUAACGAUGCUGUUGCUGUAUACCAAAAAGCCCUCAACGAGUAGCAAAUGUGUAUAAACCCUAUCCAUGCCUGUUAGUAGUGUAUAUCGAAACCAACUAACUCGUCGGUGUAGAAGAAAAACCUCAAAUGAAAAACGCGAUUGUCAUAUCGCUAGUUGCGGGCAGAUAGUGCAAGCAAGUGUUUUACGGAUCGUGCAAAGAGUUAAUGGAAGUGCGGAGGUUUCGUGUGUGUGAUAGAUCCUACGAUAUGCGCGUGAGGUAGUGGUACAUCCCAUAGAUUCGACAGUAGUCAACUUUUUGUGAGUUUUGUCGGUUGUUGUAUGUGUGUUUUGAGUGUGAUUUUAUUCAGCCCCCUCCACUAUGAGUUGGUAUGAGGAAACGGGUUACGUUCAAUGUACCUCUACAAAGUGUUGCUGAUUAAAGUGGUUCUAGUGGGCAAAGGGCAGUGAGCAAGUGACCGUUCGUGCAAUGUUGACCGAUUAGGAAAACGUAUAGAUAUAUCCGAAACCGAACAUCACCUCAGUGACGGAAGGAACCGAUAGGGAACGUGGUGGGUGGAACCGUAUUUCCCGUGGGAGAGGCGUGCUACCUCACCUGGGAAGGAGCAACGCACAACCAGCACGGCGGGCCGCGGCAUAACGCGCCAAAAUUGCGCCAAACACAAACAAUCUGGCGGUGGUCAGACAACCAUCCAUGGCCGUCGGGCCACCGACGGGAGGAUCUGGCAAUCCUCCGCACCCGGCACCACCGGUACAACCGCAUCCGAUCCUCGCGCCCAGCCCGCUGUUUGCCUUACCGACGCUUAACUUUACCGCGUCGCAAGUUGCGACCGUCUGCGAAACGCUGGAAGAGUCUGGCGACAUCGAGCGGCUGGCCCGGUUCCUAUGGAGCCUGCCGGUGGCACACCCGAACGUGACGGAGCUCGAUCGCUCCGAGGCGGUGCUGCGUGCGCGUGCUAUCGUCGCCUACCACACCGGACAUUUUCGAGAGCUCUACUCGAUACUGGAACGACAUAAGUUCACGAAAACGUCCCAUGGCAAACUACAGGCCAUGUGGUUAGAGGCGCAUUAUCACGAGGCAGAAAAGCUGCGGGGACGACCGUUGGGACCAGUCGAUAAGUAUCGCGUCCGGAAGAAAUUUCCGCUUCCACGUACGAUCUGGGACGGCGAGCAGAAGACGCACUGCUUCAAGGAGCGAACGCGCAGUUUGCUUCGCGAAUGGUACCUCCAGGAUCCGUAUCCGAACCCGACGAAGAAGCGCGAGCUGGCCCAGGCAACUGGCCUCACUCCGACGCAGGUGGGAAAUUGGUUUAAAAACCGACGUCAACGAGACCGUGCGGCGGCAGCGAAAAACAGACACAACCAGCCACCUCUGUCUGGUUCUGGAUCAUCCUCGUUGACGCCCAGACGGGGCGAUGGACCACUGUCACCAACGGACACGGACUCCGAUUCGGAUAUUUCCCUCGGUACACACUCUCCAGUUCCUAGUAUGUCCAUGCAGCACAGUCCCAGCUCGCUGCCCGGCUCAAGCGAGGAUCGGCUGCACGAUGAGCGGGAUCGAGAGAAGGACUUUCGGAAUAGUUUUGCCUCGCUGCAUUCCUUCCGCUUUGGUGAUCAUCUUACGGGCGGUUUGUUACCUGGUUCGUUCAACAGUAGAUUCAUGCCUUAUCGUCUGGGCGAUCACUCGCCACCGAUCAACACCCACUCACCCCCGAUCGGUUUGACACACCUCCCACUUACCCCGACCGUGCUGCGACCACAGCCUACCCUGCCUCACUCGCUCGCCGUUAGUGCGGCAUCUAUGGCUGCAUCCAGCGUGGCCAAUGCAGGAGUCCUCACGACGGUCGUUAAUAUGAGUGACUCGCCGGGUAGCAAUAGCAGUGCCACGACCGCAUCCCUCACGAAUGUUCCCACCUCAACUACCGCCACUACUCCCACCCUGUCCGGCGGCACGGCGAGCAGCUCCCUGAAGGACCUGGCGCAUCCCAGCGACCUGUCCUCGAGUGAUCCGCGCCCAGGUACUCCCAGCUCGGUAGGAAGCAACAACAAUAACAACAGUGCCAGUGGUAGUACCCCAACAGCCACUACAAACGGCAGUAGCAGCACACCAUCCUCCUUAAUGCAGCCAAUGUCUCCGCUGAGAAUACGGGUCAGCUCACCGUCGCGGUUGAAUGCGGAGCUGCUGCAGCAUACGGCGGCAGCCGCUGCAGCUGCAGCAGCGGCGGCCGCCGCCAAUCAGCCACCCCAGCAUCACUCGUUGCCCCUGCUUCAUCCCCACCAUCCGCUGCACGUGCACCAUCCCCACGCGCACCUUCCGCACCAUGCGCACCAAACGCAUGCUCAUCAUCACCAUGCGGCGGCCCUGACAGCGGCCAGCAUGAUGAACGGACUGAACGCUAGCGGCAUCGUUCGGAUCGUACCGGGCACCACUACCACCUCGCUAAUCCAUCGGCCCUUCUCACCGUCCCCGAAGCCGAAGGAAGCGUCGUGAUAAACGGCCAAUGAACAUGACGUGUGAUGCGGCUUGACAGGAGAUGAAAGGGUAAAAACUGUCACCUUAGUGUAGCUAAUGGAGACGCACUCGCAGGCAGUAGCAAUAGCACCCAGCAUCGCUGACAAAACAGUCUAGAGAAACUAGAGAAUGUAACUAUGGUAGCAAAUGAUGGGCAAGGUUUCCGCAACGGACGCUUUUGAGGGUCAAGCACGCAAAACGCAAGGGAGACGACACAUUGGAGCCGAAAAUUACAUAACACAAGCUAGCUUCCAGGUUUCUGCUUUCAGCAAGCUACACAACUGUAUAAUGACGUGCCCGUACGAAUGGAUCAAUAGUAAUGUGGGUAGCUUGUGGUGCAUACUACUGGGUGGUGUUGCGUUGAUGUUGUUCAGGAUGAAAAAUUAGAUUCUCUGUGACAAUGGCUUCCUAAAUCUAUCACUUGUGGUGUUAGUACGUCUGCAUUUCUGUACUUUUUUUUAAUUCAAGGAUGUCACAAAUUCGAAAAAAAAGCAUGCGGAAAGUGUUUUAAGGCAUGUUGCAAGUAUCAAAUUUAUAUUAGCCAUUGGGUAUGCUCCUCGUCUAUGACGUAAACUGCUCGAACUUUUGUUGCUUUUGACUGAAAAGUUUCAGUUGAGCGAAAAUGGUUUUGUCGAGGGCAAAGUAUAUAGUACGAUAGUAUAUAACCAUCAGCAUCAGCAAAGCACAUGCGCACUUGUGCAUUCCAAUAGAGCUGUCUAUCGUUAACUUUCGUACUCCAGCAAUCGCUCAGUAUGUAUUUAUUGUUCACGUUAGCGUGAGGCUGGCUUUCCGGAAAUGAAGCAAAUUUGAUUUCGGCUUAAAUUUCUGUGAAACAUUCGCUCCACUCUUCACCUUUCGUUAGCGUAUUAAACAUUGCUUGUAUGACUGUUUCAAAUUUUCUAAUGACACAGAUUUAAAUGAGUGUAUUGUUGGUACAAUGUAUCACCCAUUUUAUGUGCCGUUAGUAGUGGAGUUAUUUCGGUUCUUAGUAGAGGUCUAUUGAUGAACCAAAUUUGUUUAUUGUAACGAGUAUGAUGUUUUUGCUGCAAAGGUUAAUAGCACAAUCCAAUAGCUCUUCCAAGCAUCAUCAAUAUUUUGUUAACAUAUCUCAACUUUUAUUUUUUAUUAGAUCUGGUUUUCAGGAUUUAUUUCCAGGAGAAAGUAAUUGAGCAAACUCAUUGUUUUUUUUGUUUAUUUAAUCAAAAAAAAAGCUACAUGACAGGAAGGUGAAAGAGGUAGGAAUAUAUGUGUGAUUGAGAACUAGUUUUUGUGAAGAAAAAAAAAACAAAAAACAAAACGUGUAACACUAGCCCUAGCACUAGCCUCCACAGGGAAAUAUGCUCAAAGAUUUACAGGACCGUUAAAGCACAAGCUCACUGCUUGGUAAAAUAGUGCAAAGCAAGCUUCCUAAAAUGGCCGCCCACAACAACCACAGCUUGCGUACAGUGUUGAGGAAUAUUAGUUGAAAGUAGUGGAACUCGAGCGAGUAUACAUAAUGGGAAAUAAUUUUGAAAGCACAAGUAAAGUAAUAUAAAUAUUGUAAAGUAUAUCAUUAGCAGCAUGAACAGUACCAUGAUUUAUAUUAUAUUGCAAUGAACGCAUAGUUUGAACACAACAAACAUCGAUGAUAUUGGAUAGCAGUGGCAUAGAGAACAAUAAAACAAUGCACAUAGCAAAGAAAAA